AUGGAGAACGCAUCGCGGAUGACAAGAAUUGUCGACGCCCAUGCCAGAGUGCUGGAGAAAGUUCUUGAGACCAUUGGUCUAUGGCGAGUCGCCCAGCGAAUCCGUCGAAAACUAAGCCGCUACAUUCCUCUCGAACCCCGGCAAUGUGAGAAGCUAAAAGCCUGGAUUCAAGCACAUCUCGAUCUCGAUUUGACUGUCCAACGCCUCGUUCAAUACCAAUGGAAGCAAGAAUACCCCCCUGACGAGUCCGCCAGCCUCACGAGCGAGCUAUCCUCCGACGGCGAUUUAGUUUCCUUGGAGUAUAAGAUUGCCGCCUACCGACACUGUGCUUCUGUCAUGCAGCGAGUGCUUCAAAUCGAGCUGGACAGUUUCCCGAAUGGACCCGUGAAGCGGGCAAUUCGGUCUCUGCGACGAAACACCCAGUGGGAUAAUUCCGAAUGGGUUCGUGCGCAAUGUGCUGAGAGGGGCGGAUGCUGUGCUCGUCAAUGUGGAUGCUGUCAGGCUCCACGACGGGGAGUUGCUGUGAAAGGGAUUGGACACUGUACAUCGGCGUGUCUUUGCUGCCAGAAUGAUCGCGGGUUUCCUAUUGAUACCUCAGAAGGCGAUCUCCUUGGUCCUUUCCGGGCUGCCGGGGUGCUGAAUGUCCACGAUCCUAAUUUACAGGAUCCCUGGUUAAAGGCGUUCGUUUGGGGAUUGUGA